AAAAGGGGGGAAAAGGAGGAAAAGGGGAACAGAAGGAGGGAAAAAAAGAGGAAAAAGGUAGGGAAAAGGGGAAGAAAGGAAAAGAAAAGGCUUGCUUGAAACUCUUGAAUCAACUUAAAAUCCCUCGUUCUGGGAUGCAUUGACGGAGUGACUCUGUCCUGAGCGUGGGGAAACUGAGGCACAGGAGCUGGCGGCUGAGCUGGGCUGUGAGCAGGACCUGUCCUGAGCGCUGCCACCCGGGAACUGGGGUCUGCGCGGCCUUUCCCGGUGCUUGGCACCGUGGAGACUUAUCGCUUUUACAUUCUUGUUAGUUUUGGAUACUCGGGGUUUGUGUCAGCAGAUAGACUCAUGUGAGUGGAUACUGCAAGCCAGGAAAACAGCCCGUGACAAGCUCCGUUCCAGUGUUCCUCCCAGCCCUGCUGCACAUGCUCUGCGCUGGGAGCCCCGUUUCCUUCCUUCCUUGUUUGUGUCCGUCCCUUUGAGGAUUUUUGGAACAAUGCUCAUUCAAUUUGCGUUUGGGAUUUUUCUGACUUACGGGAGCUGGCGUGAGCGCGCUGCUGCUGCUUCCUGUCUGUGCACUGGGGAAAUUCUGCUCGGGCUGACGGGCGGCGUGACCUCUUUCCCUGUGGUUUUGCAUCUCUGGUUUGGGCGAAUUUGGGUUUUCAAGGCUAGUUUUUUGCAGACCAAAUGCAAAGGAGUCGGGGGGGGGAGCGAUCAGGGUUCAGAGUGGGCUGUCGGAGUCUUACUGCUGAAGUGCAGCAAAUAAACGCGAGCUCGUUCUGCUGGGGGCACGGCGUGGGGGGACCGGUCCUGCUCUCGCUGGGCAGAUCCACACACGUGUGUGCAUGCUGUGAUGCUGUGAGCUAGUUGGAGCCUGCUUGAAGGUGGUGUGACUGUGCAGAGCCAGAGGAACACAGAAGAUUUUCUUGUCGCGUCAAGUUGAAUAGAUGGAGACCAUGGCUGCCAGCACAUCGCUCCCCGACCCGGCCGGCGAGUUUGACCGCAACGUGCCCCGUAUCUGCGGGGUCUGCGGGGACAGAGCCACUGGCUUCCACUUCAACGCCAUGACCUGCGAAGGCUGCAAGGGCUUCUUCAGGAGAAGCAUGAAGAGGAAAGCGAUGUUCACGUGUCCGUUCAACGGGGACUGCAAAAUCACCAAGGACAACCGGCGGCACUGCCAGGCCUGCCGGCUGAAGCGCUGCGUGGACAUCGGCAUGAUGAAGGAGUUCAUCCUGACCGAUGAGGAAGUGCAGAGGAAGCGCGAGAUGAUCCUGAAGCGCAAGGAGGAGGAAGCGCUGAAGGAGAGCCUGAAGCCCAAGCUCUCGGAGGAGCAGCAGAAAGUCAUCGACACGCUCCUCGAGGCCCAUCACAAAACUUUCGACACCACGUACUCCGACUUCAGCAAGUUUCGGCCCCCGGUGAGAAGCAAGCACACCAGCAGGACGGCAACGCACUCCUCCUCUGUCGUGUCCCAGGACUUCUCCUCGGAAGACUCCAAUGACGUUUUUGGCUCCGAUGCCUUCGGCGCAUUCCCAGAGCCCAUGGAGCCCCAGCUGUUUUCCAACCUGGACCUCUCCGAGGAGAGCAACGAGAGCUCCUCCAUGAACAUCGAUCUGCCCCAGCUCCCCAUGCUCCCGCACUUGGCCGACCUGGUCAGCUACAGCAUACAGAAGGUGAUCGGCUUCGCCAAAAUGAUCCCUGGGUUCAGGGAUCUGACCGCAGAGGACCAGAUCGCCCUGCUGAAAUCCAGCGCCAUUGAGGUGAUCAUGCUGCGCUCCAACCAGUCCUUCACCAUGGAGGACAUGUCGUGGACCUGUGGAAGCAAUGACUUCAAGUACAAAGUCAGCGAUGUCACCCAAGCUGGACACAGCAUGGACCUGCUCGAGCCGCUCGUGAAGUUCCAGGUGGGCUUGAAGAAGCUGAACCUUCACGAAGAAGAGCACGUGCUCCUCAUGGCCAUCUGCAUCCUGUCCCCAGAUCGCCCCGGCGUGCAGGACACCUCGCUGGUGGAGUCCAUCCAGGACCGCCUCUCCGACAUCCUCCAGACCUACAUCCGCUGCAGGCACCCCCCGCCCGGCAGCCGCCUGCUCUACGCCAAGAUGAUCCAGAAGCUGGCCGACCUGCGCAGCCUCAACGAGGAGCACUCCAAGCAGUACCGCUGCCUCUCCUUCCAGCCCGAGCACAGCAUGCAGCUCACGCCGCUGGUGCUCGAGGUCUUCGGCAACGAGAUCUCCUGAUUCCAGCCGCGGGUUUGAGCGCCCAUGAGUAAAGGGAUAAGUCAGCCUGGCCCCCUGGAGGCAGCGAGAGGAGGGCUGUGACCCUGGGAGGAGGUUGUACAUAGUUUGGUUUCACACUACUGCGGGGCCUGCUUUGUUUUCUUAGCCACGGUGGCUGAGGUUUGCUCGCUGCAGACCCAGAUCUGCGCAUUUCCCCCGCUCCAUGAGUGUUUUCUUCACUCAUCUGCAAGAGCUGACUUAUCCCUUUAUGGAUGUUUUGAGGCUGGGCUGCCUCAAAUCAGUUCUUUCUGACCAGAAACUGGGGCUGCUUGGAAGGAGAAGCUCAGGUUUUGCAGAUUCGUGGCACUGGGGAACCAUCGGUGACAUCUUUCGAACCUGAGGGACCCCUGCGCUCACCCCCCAUUUGGGUGAAAGGUGAUGCUGAUGGAAUUGCACACCCCAAAUCCCUGCAGGAAGAUGCUGGGGUCACUCCUCCAAGCCCCACGGACUCUGGUGAGAGGCCAGAGAGGGGAAACACCCAGGAACAGCCGGCCAGGCUGUGAUGUGCAUUCCCAACACUACUGCCACCCCGUGUCCCACAUCAGCCCCAUUACUGACAGCAUCCUGCAAGGGUGUUUUCACCUUAACGAGGCCGACCAGAGCUAAUGGGGCACGCUGAGGUUCCCCCUUCAGGAGGGGACAAUGGGAGCAGCACCACCAGGAGGACAGAUUUGGGACCCUGAAAUGCGGAGCAGCAGCGGGAGCUGAGUGCCUUGGUGGGAGCCCCGGCAGCACCGUGCCCAGGGACACACAGUGGUCACGAUCCCCUGCACGGACACCAGGGGACGGGGACCCUGCAGGCAACCGUGCCUGGGGACAGUGCCUGGGGAUGGGCGCUUCGCGGGGGGAACGUGGGGCCGUGGGGCUCCAGCUCCGUGCAAAUAAACGUGGCCUGGGACCAGC